AUGCUUCUCAAGCAAACUACAAAUCAAACCACCGUGACUGAGUUCAUCCUUGUUGGAUUCAUGGACUACCCAGAGCUUCAGAUCCCCCUCUUCAUCUUCUUUCUGCUCAUCUAUCUCAUCACACUGGUGGGAAAUAUGGGGAUAAUCAUUCUAACAAAAAUUGAUGUUAGGCUUUACACCCCCAUGUACUUUUUUCUUAGAAAUCUCUCCACUGUAGAUGUUGGUUAUUCUACUGCCAUUGCCCCCAAAUUGUUGACAACAUUUGUGAUAGAACAUUCAACCAUUUCCUUCACAGGAUGCACCACACAAUUCUUCUUUUUUGUCAUCUUUCUGACCACUGAAACUUGCCUUCUGGCUGUGAUGGCGUAUGAUCGCUUCAUAGCAAUCUGCUACCCAUUGCGAUAUUUUGUUAUCAUGUCAAAGAAGCUUUGCACCCUCUUGGUUAUAACUGCCUAUGCUUGUGGCUUUAUAAAUUCAAUAGUACACACCAUAGUUAUUUUUAGCUUAAAUUUCUGCAACUCAAAAAUAAUUAAUCAUUUUUUCUGUGAUGCUCCUCCAAUGCUUCAAUUGUCCUGUUCAGAUACCCACUUUGCUCGCUUUGUGCAUUUUAUUUUAUCCACUGCAAUUGGAAUGACAACUUUUCUGACUGUUUUGAUUUCUUACAUUGCCAUUGUUAUUGCCAUCCUGAAGAUCAGCUCUUCCCAGGGAAGAUACAAAGCCUUUUCCACCUGCACCUCCCAUCUGAUCACUGUGACCAUUUACUUUGGAACCGUCAUCUUCAUGUACAUAGGACCUGGCUCCAGUUUCUCAUUGGAUAAAGACAAAAUCAUAUCUGUCUUUUAUACUCUUGUCAUCUCCUCUCUUAAUCCAUUGAUCUAUAGUUUGAGGAACAAGGAGGUGAAGGAUGUGAUUACCAGAAUGCUAAACAAGGUAACAUUCCUGAAGUAA